AUGUCUUAUUCAAAUUUGGAUAUGAUUGAAUAUGCAAACCUUCUCUGCACACUUCAAGAAAAUCUUCCAGAAACAGAUUUUGAUGAAGAUCAUGUUGCAACCAAUCAAGCAAAUCAGAAAAUAGAAGAAGGAGGCAUAUUCACAGAUAAAGAAACAUUAAUAUCAGAGAUGAGCCUAUAUGGACUAAAAGAACACUUUCAGUUCAAGGUCCAAAAAUCAUGCGUAAGACAGUACCGAUUAAAAUGCAUAGAUGACCAUUGUGAUUGGAAAUUUUAUGCCUCGAAAAUUGGUCAUAUAAAAAUGUUUCGAGUGCGUAAGUUCAACAAUUAUCAUACAUGUUCUUUGGAGAUGAGAAUGGGAGACCUGAGGUUUGUCAGCUCAAAAACCAUAGCAAAAAUAAUAAAGUCAAACUUGUUGGAUAUCAAGACAAUUUACACACCUAAUGACAUAAUCAGAGACAUGAGAAAUGAUUAUAGCAUUAAAUUGGAUUACUGGAAAGCUUGGAAAUGUCGAGAAAUUGCACUAGAGCUUUUAAGAGGGAAACCAGAAAAUUCAUUUGGUCUACUACCGAGAUAUCUUCACAUGGUGAAGCAAACAAAUCCAGGAUCAGUUGUAAGCUUACAAAGAAAUGUGGAUCAUACUUUUCUUUAUGCAUUCAUGUCACUUAAUGCAUCAAUAAGUGGAUGGAGUCACUGUAUGCCUAUUAUGGUUGUUGAUGCUACAUUUUUGAAAGGACCAUUUGGAGGUUCUCUGUUUUCAGCUUCAACUCUUGAUGCAGCAGGAAAAAUCUUCCCUCUUGCCUUUUCAAUAACAGAUUCAGAAAAUGAUGCAUCUUGGAAUUGGUUUUUUAGACAAAUCAAAACUGUUUUUGGUGUAAGGGAAGGAAUGUGUAUAAUUUCAGACAGACAUAUGAGUAUUAAAAAUGCAAUAGAAAGUGUUUUUGCUGGAGAAGUUCAACAUGAUAUUUGCUUAUAUCAUUUACUAAGUAACGUGAAAAGCAGAUUUAAAAAGGAUCAGAAGACAAUUAAAGACCUGUUCAAAGCAGCAACAAGAGCUUAUACAAAGGAAGAAUUCAAUAUUCAUAUGGCAGAAAUGAGCAACGUAAAUCCAAGAGUUACAGCUUAUCUCAAAGAUGCAGGUUUUGAAAGGUGGGCAGUUUCACAUUCUGUGAACAAAAGAUACAACAUAAUGACUUCAAAUACUGCUGAUAGGUGUAGAAUUACACCUAUUAUGUGGGUCUAUUUUGAUGUACAUAUUGACGAGAAUCGGGCAAUUUGGAGCGUAAUUGGAGCAAUCAAGACUAGAGGAAGCAGAAGUGAUCAAGUCAGAGCUUGUUUCUAUCGAAACUUCCUCAGAAACCUCCUCAGAAACGUCUGUCUCGAUCGAGACAGAUUGGUUUCUAUCGAGAUCUCCUCAGAAACCAUGUCAGAAAUGCAUCCAGUGAGCUUUUCACUUAAGCCUGUUUCUAUAGAAACCAUUUCAUUUCGAUAG